AUGCUUCACUUGCCUCUCAACCUGCAGAUCAAAGACUCCUGCUUCUGGGGUCGGGAAUACGUGCUCAGUGGUUCCGAGUGUGGCAAUGUACUAGUUUGGCGCCGCAGUGAUGCUCAGCCAGUCUGCGCAAUCAAGGCGGACGAAGUUGUGGUAAAUCGUCUGCAGCCGCAUCCGUUUCUCCCUUAUCUCGCCGUCAGUGGAGUGGAUCAUACUAUCAAACUCAUCGAACCCUCGCCGAUUCCCGAGGACCAAGAUGACGAAAGUCACUUUGAGAAGAUCGAGAAGCGGAAAAACGCCGCCCGCGAGGUACUUUGUUCUGUUCUGUUGACUUAA